AUGGCGGCGGCGGCAGGGCGGGCUCGGCGGAGCGCCCGGCUGAGCGCGGCGGCGCUGCUGGCGCUGCCGGCCCUGGCGCUGCUGGCGCUGCCGCCCGGCCGCGGUGGCGGCGGUGGUGGCGGUGUCGGCGGUGUUGGUGGCGAGGCGCAGCCGGGCUCCGCGCCGCCGCUCCUGCUGCCGCCGGGCUUGCGGGAGGAGCUGCGGCAGAGGCGGCGCGACCUGCGGCGGCUGGAGGCGGCGGCGGGCGGCGGCGGGGAGGCGGCCGCGGGUGGGCUGGGCUGCGGCGACCUGAGCCGGGCGACGGCCGUGAGCAUCCUGGGCUGGGGCUUCACCAAGGUGGUGGCUCGGGCGGUGCUGGAGGGCGGCGGCGCCGUCGCCCUCAAGUCGGUGCACGGGGCGGGCCGGGAGGUGCGGCGGUGCGUGCAGCGGUACGGGGCACCCGCCGGCUGCCGCCGCCUGGCCGCCUACAAGGUGCUCAAGGAGGUGACGCUGCUGCAGCGCCUGCAGCACCCCGGCAUCGUACAGCUGCACGGCCAGUGCUAUGAGAACAGCGGAGAUGCUGAGCUGCGGGUCACAGCCAUGCUGGAGCUGGGAUCCCCCCUGGAGAUGAUUCAGCUCCUGCAGACCCCCUGGGAGGAAAGAUUUAAAAUUUGCCUCAGUCUUGUGAAACUGCUCUUUUACUUGGCACAUUCCCCCCUGGGUUCAAUAGUCCUCUUGGAUUUCCAGCCGAGGCAGUUUGUUAUGGUGGAUGGAAACCUAAAAGUGACAGACAUGGAUGAUGCCAGCACUGAGGAGCUGUCAUGCAAGGAAGAUGUUGACUGCACACUUGACUUCCCUACCAAAAGCUUCCCUCUCAAAUGCUCUGCAGUUGGGAAAUGCGAAGGAAUAAAUGAAAAGAAGAAUCUUUUCAAUGCAUAUCGGUAUUUUUUCACCUAUCUUUUGCCACAUUCUGCACCACCAGCUUUGCGGCCCCUUUUGAGUGAUAUUCUGAAUGCAACAGGUGAUUUACGAUACGGUAUAAAUGAAACCAUGAGAGCUUUUGAAAAGGUUUUACAUCUGUACAAGUCUGGGCUCUAUCUGCAGAAAAGACCUCUUCUUUUAAAAGACUACAUCCCCCUAAAGGGUUUCCGAACAGUGGAAGGAGAAGACUACAAGUGCUGGCCCUCCUACAGCCACCUGGGAUGUCUGCUGUCCAUUCACAGCGCCGAGGAAGCUGCUGCAAUUUGUAACUCCCAGUCACAGUGUCAGAGUUUUAUCAUCACCCAGCAGAGGACGUGGACAGGACGCCCACUCGCCUCAUUUCAGAGUAGCUGGACUGAUUUAAUACCAGAUACUAAUGCUGUAGUCUAUAUUAAACGUUCGGCUUCCUCAGGGGAAAGACUUUAAAGACAAUGAGAUCACAUAAAAUGAUCCUGGGAGGAACAAACCGCUGGGGAGAGUUUCAUCUGCUGGAAAGAAUGACAUAUUUUAUUUUGCUUUGGGAUGGGAUCUCCCUGCCAGCUCAGAUAGAGUCAAAUGCUGCUGUCUCCUUGAUCAAAGCUCAGAUUUCUCAUUGCUGCUCCGCUAGCUUAUUUUCUGUUCCCACACUGCUGUUCCACAUAAAUGGUCCCAGUUUUAGUCAAAUGCCACUAGACUGUGCAAUACUUAGCUUUGCUGCUUUGGCCAGCUUGUCAGUCAAGAAAUAGAAAUAGCUGCAAGGGAUCCAGCUUGGGUAGGCUUUGUUAUUUCAGUCACCUCCAAAAACCACUUUCCAGAAGGUAGUGGCUCUUUCUGCAGCUACCAAUUGGGAUUUCAUACCACUGCAAAUGUAAAGGAUGGGAUUUCAGUGAGGGGGCCAAGGGUGCAGGGUGGGGAUCCUUACCUGGAGGUUGAUGAUGGGGGUGGUCUUCCAAGGAGGGUCCUGUUUCAGUUCCUUCCAGUGUAGGGGAGGGAAGUGGUGUAUAGGUCAACUCUGGAUCCAGGAUUUGGGUUUGAUCCUAUGUGAUUUCUAAUACCAGCUCCCAUGUAUCAACCUUGAAGGUUUUUCUCUGUUACUUUCCAUGAAAGAGCAAGACAUUCAAAUUAUUUAUGUGUAAGGUGUGACUUUGUAUGAUAAAGAAUGACUUUAUUCUAAA